GAGUGUCCCGUUCUGCCUCGUCCUCGUCUCCGCGGCCGUCACUGACUGGGAGAGAUGCAAGCCUCCGGUUUGUUUUGUUUCGAGUGGACACAUCAAGAACAGCUCCGAGAAAAUGACUCGUAAUUCGGAGCUGACCCAUUAGGCGUGAUCCUGUGCAUGUUCAGACAGGGAGGAAAAGCCCGACAGCUUCGGCAGUCCCAUGCUAGCUGUGAAAUCCCGGGAAUUAUAGGAUUCCCAGCCAUUGGACGAAUUGGACCACCCACUGUUAAAGGGUUGUGGUGGCGUCCCAGAGAACGCACCGCAAAAGGUUUCUUUGAAUAAGAUGCCAUCAGAGAUCCGUGGGCAUGAGGGGCCGAGGCUGAAGCAGUGAUCCACCCACUAGGCGUUUUGUGGUGGUGCCCGGAGCGAUUUCCCAAAGUCCCAACCUGCCACGUCCCAGAUCAGCCACAGAGGAAACUUGCACCUGGCCAGGAGACCGAAGGCUCUUUCUGGAUGAUCUUCUGCCGGGAGGACGAUGCCUUUUCUGCACGGCUUCCGUAGGAUCAUCUUCGAGUACCAGCCAUUGGUGGACGAGAUCUUGGGCUGCUUGGGCCUGCAAGAUCCCGAGCGGCAGGAGACUUUAGAGAGUCCCAGCUUUCUGGCCAAAGAUGACUGCCGCCUUCUGGUGCUCCAUGAGCUUCUGGAGAGAGAGGCCCGCUCGCCGUUCUACCAGGAGGGCGUGAGCUACGCCUUGCUAAAGGUGGCGGAACUUGGUCUGGUCCACGCGGCCGAAGCCCUCCUGUGCCACGGGGCAGACAUCAUUUUCGAAGAUCCAGUCACUUACUACACAGCUCUGCACAUCGCAGUCCUGCGGAACCAGCCGGACAUGGUGGAGCUGCUGGUGCGGCAAGGCGCAGACAUUAAUCGGAGAGACAGGAUCCAUGAAAGCAGCCCUUUGGAUCUGGCCAGCGAGGAGCCCGAGCGACUGUCCUGCCUCCGGCGACUCCUGGAUCUUGGGGCCGACAUCAACGCAGCGGAUAAACACGGCAAGACUGCCUUGCUGCAUGCCCUGGCCAGCAGCGACGGGGUGCAGAUCCACAACACAGAAAACAUUCGCCUUUUGUUGGAAGGAGGAGCGGAUGCCAGAGCCAGCACGAAGGACGGCGACACGGCCUUCAGCUUCAUCAUCUUCCUGCUUGGGGAGACCGUGGGCGGCGACCCGGAAGAGGCCAAGAUGAUUCACCACUUCUGCUUCCAGGUCACGCGCCUGCUGAUGGCCCACGGGGCCGACCCCAGCGAGUGCCCGUCCUACGAGUCCCUCACGCACCUCUGCCUCAAGAACUUCCGGCUCCACUUCCCGCUCCUGCGCUUCCUGCUGGAGUCGGGGGCCUCCUACAACUGCUCCAUGCAUGGCCCCUCAUGCUGGUCGGGCGUCCACGUCGUCUUUGAGCAGCUCUGCGCCCAUCUCAGCGAGUCCGCCAAGGACAGCUUCUCGGCGGACCUCCUGCAGAAGGCUGAGACGGCGCUGGAGCUCAUGGCGGCCAGCUCGCCCACCGUCCGGCUGCCCAGCAACUUCGAGGUCGACCUGAGCAGCUGCCGGUUCCACGGGGAGAAGAUCCGGGCCCUCUUCGCCUCCUUGAAGCAGCUGGAGCGCUCCCCGGCCACCCUGAAGCACCUGUGCCGCGUCUACCUGCGGCGGCGCCUCCGGCCCUGGCCAGUGGAGCAGAAGGUGGAGGCGCUGCCACUGCCCGACAGGCUGAAGAGGUUUCUCCUCCUCGACCAGAGCAGCUCCGCAGAAGAGGACGCGUGAGCCGGGCAGGGACUGGACGGCAGUUCCAGGACACGACUGCCCACCAGGCUCGGCCUCUGCUUGGCCUCGUCCCCCGUCCGAGGCGUCAUCCCCCAAAUCAUCUCGCCCUGUGCAUGGACGCUUCUGCUGGUGAGUCUUGAAGAGGCUGCACCACACGGCAUGUGGAAAUGUGUCGCUCCGAGGACAGGGACCUCUUUGGAGGGGCUGGGUUCUGGGUCUAAGUCAUCGGAAGCGGAACGGCUGAGCGGGGAGAGCUGCGGCAGAGCUGUGACCAAAAGGAAUUCGGGCCAGCCUCCGUGGAAGCUGAGCACGCCGUUCGGGACGCUCCUCGCUAUUGUCUGGCGACCGCGCCGGCAUUCCAGGAUAGAGGGGCCCCAACAACAGUGCCUCUAGAGCCAUUAAAGCGAUGUGUCUGCACCA